AGGAUUUCCUUUAACUAUAAAUUCUCUUUUCGUAUCUUUAACGAAAUUGAAGUUCACUACACUCGAAGGAAUAUUAUAUAAUUUUCGUCAUUUUGUUAUUAUGCUAAAAACAAUUCAACCUGGUUCAUAGUCAUUAUUUAAACAUAGACAAUGUAGCAGCUUAAUAUCGAUUGUCAAUAAUCAAGAGUUCAACAACAACGCAAAGUAGUCUUUCAUCAAGUUUAGUAGCGCUCGGUAUGUUCAACGACAAAGGUGUUUCGCCAUCGAAAUCUCAUGAAUGCUAUUCUCGGAUUUUUGUCACGCGCGCCGAGCAAGGCGAUGGAACGAUACGAACGACUAGCACGUCUUGGAGAGGGUAGCUACGGUGUAGUCUUCCAGUGUAGAGAUCGGCAAACUGGAAAAUUGGUAGCUGUAAAAAAGUUCCAACAAACCGAAGAUGAUCCUCUUAUACGCAAAAUUGCGCUACGUGAGAUAAGACUCCUUAAGAAUCUUAAACAUCCAAAUCUGGUCAAUCUUCUGGAGGUCUUCAGGCGGAAACGGAAAUUACACCUAGUCUUUGAAUAUUGCGAGUAUACGUUGUUAAAUGAGAUGGAGAGAUAUCCGAGUGGGUGUCCGGAAAUCACUACAAAACAGCUCACAUGGCAAAUACUGCAGGGCAUCGCAUAUUGCCAUCGAUUGGGUUGCGUUCAUAGAGAUGUAAAGCCGGAAAACAUUUUAAUCACAGGCGAUGGCGUGGUAAAAUUAUGCGAUUUCGGUUUCGCUCGAAUGCUCAGUCCUGGUGAAAAUUACACAGAAUAUGUCGCAACUAGAUGGUAUAGAGCACCUGAACUAUUGGUCGGAGAUACUCAAUACGGUACACCAGUCGAUGUAUGGGCAAUUGGUUGUGUUUUCGCAGAAUUAAUACGUGGAGAAGCACUGUGGCCAGGAAAAUCAGAUGUGGAUCAAUUAUAUUUAAUUCGAAGAACUAUCGGUGACUUAUUACCAAGACAUUUAGCUAUUUUUCAGCAAAAUGAAUUUUUCGCUGGUAUCAUUUUACCAACACCUCAAACUCUUAUUCCUCUCGAAAUUGUUCUACCAAAGAGAGGCAAUACAAUUUUACAACUUGAUUUUCUCAAAAAGUGCUUGGAUAAAGAUCCUGAUGAAAGAUGGUCCUGUGAACAACUUUUACAACAUCUUUAUUUUGAGAAUUUUCACUUCAAAAUGCCUGAAGCAGAAAUGGAGGAAUUUGAAAAACUUAAAAAAAAUCGGGAUAGAUCACAAAAUAGUAAUAGCAAUGAAAUGGUAUUACCACAACUUCCUAAGGCUGGUGUUUCGGUACACAGUCAAAAUGAAAAUCGGCCGAAAAGCUCCUCCAUGAAUUAUCAGCAGAAUUUUGAUCACCUGCCUACUAUUAAAAGGUUUUAAUUAAGCUCCUCUGUGAUUGUAAUAUACUUAUAUGUAUAUAUAUACAUAUAUAUUUAUUUAUCUAUUUAUUUAAACUUUAUAAACUUUCAUUAUAAAUUAAUAAUUGUUAAUAU